UACUGCUGAUUUUUCAAGUCCACACUACCUGGCAGCACUCAGCAUCAUGACUUCCAUCACUCGCGAGCGAUUGCUCCUCGCUGGCUCCGCUGGACUUACGUCUUAUGUUUUCUUUGGCGUACUGGCGGAUCAGCAACGGGGUGUCAUACCGCUCAUCACGGGUAGAGUGGGAAGACCUGUCCACUGCUCUCCAGUAACUCAAGUGGGCUUUUUUGCCAACUAUCUGCCCAGAGCAGGGACACCGAUCAUAGCAUGUUCUUACCUCUCCGUCAUCCUCUCGUUCACAUCAGCUUAUACCCAUCCUAAUCAACUCAUCCGACGACUGAGCUUUGUCUCUGGUUUGGCUGCGUUCCUCCUCGCCCCUCUGACGUUUGGUCAAGGUAUCACAAAGAUCAAUAGUGAAUUAUUCAGCAUCUAUCGAUCAUCUCAGAAGAAUAUCGAGGAUAAACAGGAUAGGAUCGAGAUGCUCAUCAAGCUUUGGGAGAAGAAACAUAUCAACCGGUAUCUGAGUUAUGCAGGGGCUUGGAUCUUUGCUUUCGCAGCGUUGGUAUUGGAUGGUCAGGGAGCCAUUGGAGAGGUCAAGCGGGUCGUUUUGCCUUAGUCUAUAAACGGUUCAAGAGGGCUUGCUUAGGCGGAACUCAUGCAGGGAUGUCCAUGUCCUUAUGGCUUCUAGUAUGCCGUGUUAUGCACCAGGCUCUCGUGCAUCCUUUCCGCUCACCCC